AUGUUGAUAUUACAGAAUGGAGCCACACCAUUAAUGUAUGCUGCUGUGGGAGGACAUCUGGAAAUUGCAUGUUACCUGGCCAGCCUUGGAUGUAAUAUGAAUGCCAGAACCAAGACCGGAAAAACAGCAUUACAUAUAGCUUCUCAGUAUGGACAGCUACAUGUCACCAAAUGGUUAAUAGAAGAAGGAGGAAUCAGUCCACUGGUUAAAACAUCUGAGGGUAAGACUCCAUACAUGCUGGCUGCAGAAGACAGUGAUGAUUCUUCUGAGAAAAAACAGGAAAAAAAAGAAAUAAUGGACUACCUCAAGACUGUCAUGGCAAAGGAAGAACACGAAGUGACCACAGGAGCCCUCCAUCAAAUAGGUCUAACUUAUGUCUUCAAAGAGUCCACAGCUUAUUUAUGA